GUCUGGACGUGUUGGGAACCUCACCGGUCGAGACCAUUGCGGCAUAAAGAGGGGGGGCGGCCAGAGAUCUUGGAGUUAUAACACAGGUGAAAUCACAAUAACUACCGAUGGAACACAAAUUAUAAAAGAAUAUUUAACAAAAUAUAGACCGGAUAAAAACUUCUAGCCGUUUGUGUUUUUCCAUGCUUUAUGUAGAUGGUACGGUCUUCUCGGGAGGCCCGGCCGGGAGCUUCCACACAAUAGCCUCACCAUCAGCUGUUGUGUCGCUGUGGAGGACUUUUCCGCCCUUCUUUUUGGUCACAGAAGUUGUGCUGACUCUACGUCCUUGCAUUUGGAAAAAAAAAAAAAAAAAAAAAAAAAAAAAACAGCUCUUUUCACGGCACAACCAAACGAAAUAUUCCAUCGUUGAUUUUUUUUUUUCGGAACUUUUUUCGUAUUUAUUUAAUUUUUUCGUGUCUACGCUCAUUUUCGAGUGUUUUUUUGCACUCAUAAAAAAGAAAGACACACAGACCACUAGAGAGACAGCAAGCGCAGAUUGGCGGACUGAACUGAGAAAUCGGAGUGAGCGAACCGUGCCCCUGAAGCCCGUUCCGUCGUGUUCCGCUCGGAGGAAUGGUUAUAUGACCGGAGAGGAUCGGCUGAGAUUCGCAGCACUGAAUGAAAAAUGGAUUGCAGAGAGCACAGCACCGACAUGGAAAAGGAUCCACAGCUCUUGGCCACAUCAUCAUGUAUUCAUAUUUCCUCAGUUCAGGCUCCUCUGUUAUCUUCAGAGGCAGACCCCAGGGAAGAGGACCGAGUGGGGACAAAGAGUCCCCAGUGCCAGGAUGACACCUUGGAGUUGGAGAUCCCCACUAAAGUAGCUUCUCCCAAGAAAAAGUAUGGCCCAAGGUCCGGUACCCCCACAAAGUCACAUGGCACCGCCCCUGGGAUGAGUGCAAGUCCUCAGCCCAAGAAAGAUGGAAUGAAAUCAGAGGACAGACAGAAGCAGGCCAAGGAGCGAAGAGAGGAGCGGGCCAAAUACCUUGAACAGCGUAGCCAGCUGCAAGCUGCUAAAAAGACACAAUGGCUGGAGAAAGAGGAGAAGGCAAGGCAGCUGCGCGAGAGACAGUUAGAGGAUCGCCGCAAAAGGCUCGAAGACCAGAGGCUGAAGGCUGAGAAGAGGCGGGCUGCCCUGGAGGAGAGGCAGCGACAGAAGCUGGAGAAGAACAAGGAGCGAUACGAAGCUGCCAUCCAGCGUUCUGCAAAGAAGACUUGGGCUGAGAUCCGCCAGCAACGCUGGUCCUGGGCAGGGGGCCUCAGCCGAAACUCCGGUCACCGGGAAAGCAGAUGCUCUGUGUCGGCGGUCAACCUGCCCAAACAUGUGGACUCUGUUAUUAACAAGAGGCUCUCCAAGUCCUCUGCAACCCUCUGGAACUCCCCGAACAGAACCCGUAGCCUCCAGCUCAGCCCAUGGGAGAGCAGCAUUGUGGACCGCUUGAUGACCCCCACCCUGUCCUUUUUGGCCCGCAGCCGUAGUGCUGCCAGCGUACUGAGCAAUGGCAAGGAUGCUCAUUCUCCUCUGUGUCCUCGCUCUGCGUCUGCCAGCCCCCUCACGGUCUGCAGCCAUCACCACCGGCCACAGCACCGGUGCUCUGAGCGCUGGAAAGUGUCCUCCAGCACGCCAGACAUCACCCAGCGCCACCGGAGACGGGACUCUGCUCCCCAGAUGGAAAAAAAGAAGAAAGAGAAGAAAGACAAGGAGCGAGAGAAUGAGAAAGAACGAAGUGCUAUCACCAAGGAGAAUGUGCUAAGGAAGCGUCAGUCUCUCCCCAGCUUGAAGCAUAGAGCAGAGCCUAGCACCAGCUCUCUAUUUAAGCACCGGCCUGCCUCUCCUGUCAACCCCAAGGCCCGACCCUCCUCUCCAAGUUCUGCUGUGUCCCCAAAGCCCCCUUCCACCUGUGGGACCCAGACCAGUGCUAAGGUGCGCUCCAAGAGGUCCCAGACCCCAGCUAGGGUGGAGCCCCGGACAGCCUCACCAAUUAGUGUGGACAAAGCCCGGGAAUCACGUCGACCUGCCACCCCUGAGGAGGCUAAGAGUCCUGCAGUCCCAUCCAUUGUAGUCUCAUCUGCUCCUGCGACACCACCUUCUCUGAGCAAGCCAACAAUAGUAACGGCUGCCCCGGAACACACAGCCCAGGUGUCGGUCGCAUCCCCAUCAGGCAAGCCAACGGCGGGCACCACUGACCCAGAGGAGGCAGCUCGCAUCUUGGCAGAGAAACGCCGCCAGGCUCGCGAGCAGCGUGAGCGAGAAGAGCAGGAGCGGCGUGAGCAAGAGAAAAGAGAGAGAGUGUUACGUGAAGAGCGCAAGACACGGGAGGCCCAGGAGCGGCAACAACGGGAGGAGGAGGCACAGCGCAUGCUGGAAGACCAGCGAAGACGGGAUGAGGAGCAGCGGCUGCAGGAGGAGAAGGAGGCGCAGGAGAAGGCACGUGUUGAGCAGGAGGAGAAUGAAAGGCUGCAGAAACAGAGGGAAGAGGCUGAGGCCAAGGCCAAGGAAGAAGCCCAGCGACAGCGUUUGGAGAGAGAAAAACACUUCCAGAAGGAGGAACAGGAGCGCCUGGAAAGGAAGAAGCGUCUUGAGGAGAUCAUGAAGAGAACCCGCAAGACGGAUGCUGGAGAGAAGAAAGAUUCCAAGUCGCCAUCCCCAGCACAGGCCAUUAGCAAAAAUGCCAAAACAGAUCAAGGAAGCAGUAAAGCAUCCGCUGACUACCAGCCAGGUCCAGAGGCAACACUGGCCAACAAGGACACAGUUGAGGUGCAGCAACAAGACAGCUUCCAGGAGAGCGUCCCUGUGGUGAACGGUGUGCAGCUGGCCAAGCAUGAGAAUGGCCUAUCUGCCAAAGGCCAGUCCACCGAUUUCGAGGAGAUCAUUCAGCUGUCGAACCAUGGCAACACUGAGAGCCGGGAUAAUACAGGGGGUGGCACUUCCCCAGAGUCAAUUCUAGUCUUUGAAACUGGGGAACCCUUCCUGAAGAAGGCAGGCUCCAUUAAACCUCAGCAUGUUGCAGAGGUGCUGUGAGGCACUGCAGCCAACCGCCUCCAUGCCAGUGGCCGAGAGGAGAGACUCCGCAUUAUGCUACAAAACGACACUGAGACUGCUUGCCUCUACAUACACCGCCGUAAUAAGCAGGGAAAAGAGUAAGAAUUACUGCGACUCUGAUCAACAAAAACAAAACAGCAACAAGAAACAUCAGUGUUUGUCUAUUUCGCCACACGUUACAGUGCAAAGGUGUUAUGUUUUAUCUGAAAUAUCACAUGCCAAUUUUUUUCAUGCACCUUAAAGGACUGACAGCAUCAUCCAUUGUAGAAAAUCUGAGACCAGAAAAUAAACAAUAUUUGACUAUUAUUGUUAUGAGUUUGGCAAAGGAGUGUGUUGUUUUGUCUUUAAUUUAGUUAUUUAACUUGAAGAGAAAUGUAACUACUGGGUACAUUGUGUAUGUGAAUAAUGUAAAUGAGGCUCCCACUGUUGUCCCUAACUGGGGAAGAUCUGUGGAAUAAAGGUUUAUGAAAGGA